GCUGGAUAUGUGCAAAUGGCUCGGUUGAGUAGAGGUCUGCAACUGAAACAAUAUAAAAUGCACAGAGGGACUUUUGUCAAUCUGGCAACCCAAAACAAAGCACUCAUGAAGCCCCGCCUCCUCCGGUGCCGUAAUUUCCUGGAGAGGCGCUUGUUUUCAUACAGAAAAAUGGCGGCAUCGAGUUCAAACAGUACUUCUGAGAAAGUGGGGACGACGUCUACAGACGAAACGGCACCGGACAAUGAUUUUUGGGCUUCACAAGGGCCGGUGGUGGCGCGGGAUCCGGCGGUGAAGUUGCUGAGUGCGGUGAGCGGUGUGGAGCCGCUGUCAUGGUCAGAUGAUAACCGGCUCUCGGCCUGUAGCAUUACCAGCGUGUCUCUCAUUGAACUUGUGUGUGAUGUACACAGUCUCAGUCAGGAGCUCGUGCUGCACCGCACUCACAUCCCCGUACCAGAUGCCGCGCAUGAACUCAAGGUGGGCCCAGAAAAGGAAGUAAAGGCUGUUAGGGACAAAUUUGCAAGAAGUAAAGAUCCAGUAGUUAGCCAAAUGGUAAUGAUAGACCGAGUCAUCAACCCUCAAAGUGGACGCAUCCAUGGAGUCAAGUACACCAGCUGGUCACCAUUAGGCUGUGACAGCGAUGGCCGCUGCCUUAUUGCCUUUUUAACCCUGGACAAUCGGCUCACAAUCCACUGCAGUCAAAAGCGUUUGCAGUGGACGUCUCUCUUGGACCUUACAGAACUUUAUGGGGAAAUGUUAAAGUCCAGAAACUACUCUGCAAAGAAUGACGGAUCGCCUCCGUGCUCCAUUGACGACUUGGACGAGCUGCAGAGACGGUUUCGCAUGCAGACACCUGUGUGCAUGGAAUGGUCCGGCCUGUGCAAUACGCAACAGGUUCAGACCAAUAACGAAUGUAAAGACAUUGGCGCGGUUCUUCUGGCUGUACUUAUGGAGAACGGAGAUCUAGUUGUGUGGCAUUUCAGUUUACCCCUAAGGGGUAAGGAUUCAGUGCUUUCCUGCAAUACCAUAAAGUCUGAGGUGUCAUCCCCAAACGCACUCGCUUGGUGGGAAUAUGAGCACGGUGGGCGAAAAAUGAGCGGACUGGUUGUGGGUAGCUUGGUUGGACCUGUAAAGAUCCUGCCGGUGAAUCUUAAAGCGGUGAAGGGUUAUUUUACCCUCAGACAGCCUGUGGUGCUGUGGCAGGAUGAGGACCAGAUACCCGUUCACAACAUCAAAUGCAUCACUCUCUUCCACCCACACCAGAAAUGCAACUGCAGCCUUGUUGUGGCUGCACGUGGUUGCUAUGUGUUUUGGUGCCUGUUGCUUAUCUCUAAAGCUGGUCUCAAUGUUCACAAUUCCCACGUCACGGGUCUUCAUUCCACCCCUAUUGUAUCCAUGACUGUUAGUCAUAAAAAUGGGUCUAUUUUCACCUGCUCGUUAGACGGUACGGUUAAAAAGCUCACACCGGUUUUCACAGAUGUUGCGGUGGUGUUCGAACAGCAGGAGAUUGUUCUGCCAGAAGGAGUGGCGGGGCGACGGAUACACGGUAUAUCAGUCAGUCCGAAUGGUGCCUACCUAGCCCUGCUCUGCAGUGAGGGUAUGAUCAAUGGGCUCCACCCCAUCAGCCGCACCUACCAGGUGCAGUUCAUUACCCUCAAGACGCCCAACGAAGCGUCCGCUGAACUCCUUGAGUCUCAAACACAGAACCUCUUCAUACAGACCGACUUGCUGGAUCUGCUGCGUUGGCGAGUACUGAAGGACAAAUGCAUUCCUCAGUUCCUCCAAAAGGAGUUGGAUGAGAAGCUCCAAGGAUCCAAAGGGUCCACAUACCUAUGGAGGCUCAAGCUCUUCCUUCUCCGAGCGCUCCACAAAUCCAUGCAGAAGACCCCUUCGGAAGCCCUUUGGAAGCCAAACCAUAAGGAUGCUAAAGUUUUAGUUGGGGAAGAGGAAGCAGGUGGGGGUGAGGAGGAUGAAAUGGCAGACACGUCUGCUUUGGAUGAGACCAGGCAGGCGGAUGCUGAUAAAUCUCCUAAUGAGGAACGAAUGAGGGAGAUCAGCGGCUGGAUUGAAGAGGUGGAGUCCCACCUGAUCCGCGAGAACAUGAAGAGGGUGCUGGGUGAGGUGUACCUACGCACCUGUGUCACACAGAACACGUGUAUACCUACCAAAGGUGUGUGUGACUUUCUCACAAAUGACCCUGCUAAUGAAGACAGGGCUGCCAAGGUACUAAUAGGUCAUAUUAUGAACAAGAUGAACAAGCAAACGUUUCCAGAGCACUGCAGUCUCUGUAAGGAGGUUCUGCCCUUCACAAGCCACAAACAAGCGGAGUGUAAGAAUGGGCACAGAUGGCUCAGGUGUGUGCUGUCAUAUCAGGCCUGUCAGGGUGUAACGUACCGUCGCUGUCUAUUGCAGGACAGCAUCGCCUCAAUUCCAGAGCCCGAGGACCCAGACUGGAUAAAGAAAAUACUUAAAGGUCCCUGCAUCUUCUGUGACUCCCCGCUCAGCUGACACAGUGGGUAUCAAGACGACAAACUCUCCACAACCGAUUACUGUCACUUAAUAUUAAAAAGAAUGCAAAAUGCCUUUUAAUUCUUAAAAUUCUUUUUUUUUUUAUAAAAGACAUUUAGGAGUUUUGUCCUGAAAAGACCUCUAUUUUAAAGCCAUGCUUUAUUUAAAAUGUAUAAAUAUAAAAUAUAAAUAAAAAGCCUGAUUGUAAUAUAGAAAGAUGUAUAAUAAACUGGUGUUUAAUAUUUA